UUAUCUCUUAGAUGUAUCACUUUACUAAAUAUUGUCAUUCAAUAACAUAACAAAAUAAGAAUGAUCUAUUUUGCUUUUUGACUUCGUUAUUUUCAAUUUUGUUUUCUGUGCAAGUCAUAGAUCUAUAAGAAGUCUAUCGACUUUCGGUUAGGUCUAUGGUGCAAGUGCAUGUUAAGUGACAUUACAAAGUACAUAUUUUUAUAUUUUAUCUUUCAUAACAUGCAAUUUUCACUCAACUAAAAAAUAAUUUUUAUUGAAUCACGAAUUUACCAUAAUGGGAACUGUUGAAAUAUCACCUAUAAAAUCAUUAGAAGAAGUACUGUCCUGGCAAGGGGAAUUAGAUAAACUUCCAGUUGUAGAGUUACAAAUUCGUGCAAAUUAUUCUAUUUUUGGUAAUGAUUACAAGUGUCAUGAAAAGUUAAUGACUCCUAAAAGACAUUUCAAUCGAGGUUUGCCUAAGACAUUGAUCUGUCAUGAUAUGCAAGGAGGCUACAAAAAUGAUAGAUUUGUGAAUGGCUGUCAAAGUCUGGAUGAGUAUACAUUUUACAACUGGUCUAUAGUAGAUACUUUUAUAUAUUUCAGUCAUCAUUUUGUAACAAUACCACCUAUUGGUUGGACAAAUUCCGCACAUAAACAUGGUGUGAAGUGUCUAGGAACCUUAAUUACUGAAUGGGACGACGGACAUGAAUUAUGGUUAAAACUAUUUACUAAUUUAGAAAAAAGAGAUAUCUUAGUUAAUAAACUAGUAGCAAUAUGCAAGAACUAUAGUUUUGACGGUUACCUUAUUAAUAUAGAAAAUAACUUGCCAAUAGAAAAUAUUGAAAACAUGAUAGAAACCAUAAGCUUAUUAAGAACUAAAUUAAAAGCAAUAAUUCCACAUUCUGAAGUUAUAUGGUAUGAUUCAGUUAGUAUGGUAAAUGGAGAACUAAAUUGGCAAAACCAACUGAAUGUUCAUAAUAAAUUGGCAUUUCAAGCUUGUGAUGGUAUAUUUUUAAACUAUAAUUGGAAGGAAGAAGAUCUUAUAAAAUCUGUCAUUAAUGCUGGAAGUAGAAUUGUUGAUGUUUAUGUAGGUGUAGACGUAUUUGGUAGAAACUGCUUAGGUGGUUUAGAAUGUAACAAAUCUUUAAAAAUAAUCAGAAAAUAUGAUUUGUCUGUAGCCAUAUUUGCUCCUGGGUGGACAUAUGAGACUUUAAUAGAUAAAAAGCAAUUCACUGAAACAGAAAAUGCAUUUUGGAGAUCACUUUAUCCUUUUAUGUAUAUUCACAUUCCUUCUACACUACCGUUAUGCACUAAUUUUUGUAGAGGAUAUGGUUUAAAAAAAACGGAAAAAGCUGAAGUCUCUUCAGUUAAUCCUUGGUUUGAUUUAUCAAAACUGAAUUUUCAACCAACUGUUCCAAUUUGUUUAUUUGAUAGUAAACAUCCUUGUAUUUCUCAUACCAACAGUGAAGCACUAACUGAUGGUGGAUGUUUAAGAUUAAAUGGCACUAGAGAAAAUGAUACAUAUCAUAGAAUAUUAGUAUGUAACUAUGAAAUUAAAUCAAAAUUGAAUUUGGAAAUAACAGUUAAAGCUUUAAAGCCAUUUAAUGUACAUAAAAUAAUUGUUGUUGCCAUAGAUCCUUACGGAAUGCCCUAUAAAAUGGAAUUUGGUAUACAAGGUGAAGACAACUUAUUUUUUAAUAAUUGUGAAGAUUAUAGCUGUGUUGUUCCAAACUCCAAAAUUUAUAAUUUAACAAUGCAAGAUGGCUGGCUAUUACACAGUUUGUCAUGUGAAAUGGUUGGUAUUAUCGUCGAGAUUGCCGUCGAGACUGAAGAACCGUUACUCGUUGGACGACUAUUCAUUGAUGAUUGCGUUGGUGACUAAAGAUAUCAAAAAUACCUACCAAAUCUUAAAAAUGAUUAUACUCUUAAAAUAAAUAUUUCUUUAAAUUAUAUUACGUUAUUCUAAUAAAAUGUUGUCCUUUACUAAAAAAAAAAUAUAUACUUUUUAUUCUUGUAAAUUAUAAACACAGAAUAGAGGUUUUAUGUUGGAAUCAUGG